AACGAUGAUGAGAGAGAUAGAGAGAGAGAGAGAGAGAGAGAGAGAGAGAGAGAGAGAGAGAGAGAGAGAGAGAGAGAGAGAGAGAGAGAGAGAGAGAGAGAGAGAGAGAGAGAGAGAGAGAGAGAGAGAGAGAGAGAGAGAGAGAGAGAGAGAGAGAGAGAGAGAAGAGAGAGAGAGAGAGAGAGAGAGAGAGAGAGAGAGAGAGAGAGAGAGAGAGAGAGAGAGAGAGAGAGAGCAUAAGAGAAAGCAAAGGGAAAGAGCACAAGAGAACGAGAGAGAGAGAGAGAGAGAGAGAGAGAGAGAAAAAAAAAAAAGAGAUAGAAAGAGAGAAAGAAAGAAAGUGUGUGUGUGUGUGUAUGAGAGAGAGAGAGAGAGAGAGAGAGAGAGAGAGAGAGAGAGAGAGAGAGAGAGAGAGAGAGAGAGAGAGAGAGAGGGCGCAGAGAGAGAGAGAGAGAGAGAGAGAGAGAGAGAGCAGAGAGAGAGAGAGAGAGAGAGAGAGAGAGAGAGAGAGAGAGAGAGAGAGAGAGAGAGAGAGAGAGGGAGAGAGAGAGAGGGAAAGAGCGAGAAAGAAAGAGUGAGAGAGAGAGAAAGAGAGAGAGAGAGAGAAGAGAGAGAGAGAGAGAGAGAGAGAGAGAGAGAGAGAGAGAGAGAGAGAGAGAGAGAGAGAGAGAGAGAGAGAGAGAGAGAGAGCGAGAGAGAGAGAGAGAGAGAGAGAGAGAGAGAGAGAGAGAGAGAGAGAGAGAGAGAGAGAGAGAGUCCACUUAACGUGGUGGAGCAGCGCGACAUGUGUCGCCUCAUUCUUGACUUGCGCAAAGUCAACAACUACCUCGACAUCCCCAAGUUCAAGUACGAAGGCUUGAACAAGGUAGCCGAACUCAUCCGCCCUGACGAUUGGAUGUUCUCCAUCGACCUAAAGUCAGGCUACCACCAUGUCGAGAUCCACCCCUCCUGCUGGAAGUUGUUGGGAUUCCAGUUCGAAGGAGACUACUAUUCCUUUAUAUCGCUCCCGUUCGGGCUUGCCACUGCCCCGUUCGUCUUCACACAACUGAUCAAACAACUGGCAAGGCGAUGGCGGGCAAGCGACGUGCGGGUUGUUCCAUAUGUCGAAGACUUACUAUUCCUCUGCAACUCCCACUCGGAUGCAAGCUCGACCUGCGCAGCUAUUGUUAAGGACCUGAAGGCAGCAGGUUUUGUUAUAAAUGGCAAAAGGUCACAUCUACACCCCUCGCGCUAGAUAGCUUUCCUCGGCCUGGAGAUUGAUGC